AUGGAGACACCAGCCAGGAGGGCACAACAGUCAGGAACACUCAAGUCCAAUGCCCCAGAGACCAGUCUCAGCCACCAGAAGCAUGACUCUUCCCAGGGCCAGCUCAGCCACCAGAAGCAUGACUCUUCCCAGGGCCAGCUCAGCCACCAGAAGCAUGACUCUUCCCAGGACCAGCUCAGCCACCAGAAGCAUGACUCUUCCCAGGGCCAGCUCAGCCACCAGAAGCAUGACUCUUCACAGGGCCAGCUCAGCCACCAGAAGCAUGACUCUUCCCAGGGCCAGCUCAGCCACCAGAGGGCCAGAAGAGACCCAGGGGGCCAGAGGAGAACGGGUGGCACUGCUCAACAUGGAACUUCUUGGUGCCUCCUGGUCCUGCCAUCAUUCUCAAAGGAUAUCCUGAACCAGGAACAACUCUGGAGCUCCUCCCCCUUCUCCAACCUGCUCAGGUCUCUGUCUGAUGUGCACCGUUCGGGUCGACCUGACAGUGUGGCAAACCAGGCCUCAAAAGCAGACCUCAUGUGGAAGGUCAAGUACUCCUUGUCGGGAUACGAUUUGAAGUAUCUGGGGGACACGCAACAGGACGCACACGAGUUACUUGUGGAUAUGCUGUGCCAGCUGAAGGAGGAGGGCAUGAUUCUGAAGACACUCGGGAUGAACUAUACCUGCCCUGUUUCCCAGCUGGAGUUCCAACUUGUGUCGGUGCGCACAUGUACCAGCUGUGGGCGCGAGUCGUCUACCAGAGAGGACUACAACCACCUCUCAUUGGACUUCAGCCCUGAGCGCACCUUGCUGAGCAGCCUGGCACUCACUUUCAAAAGUGAAAAGGUUGAAUUCACAUGUGAGGGCUGUAAAGGCCUCCACGCCUCAAAGGUGGAGCAGUUCCACACACUGCCUCUUGUGCUGGUUCUGCAUCUGAAGAGGUUUGGAGGACCUGGGGGGUUGGAGAAGCUGGAGGCUCCUCUUUUGUUUCCUUCGGAGCUGAGGCUCUCCACCCUCUGUGGGGACAUGGUGCCACACCUGCACAGUGCCAGCCCACAGGCCCUCACCAGCCAGGCCCCUAGCAUCCAGGGGUCCAUCCCCCAGACCCUCGCCAGCCAAGUCUCCAGCCCACCUGGAGAGACCAAAGACAGCGCCCUCUUCUGUUCAGAAGCAGAAGCCAGUGCAGUCAGUGAAUGGUUACUACCAGCUGACUGGCGUCGUCUCUCAUUUGGGAGGCUCCGCAAACUCCGGGCACUACAUUAGUGACAUAUUGCAUGCCAGUGGAAACUGGUUCUGCUGUAACGACAGCCAGGUGUCAAUGUCCAAUGAAGCCACUGUGCUGAGGACCAGAGCCCGGAGUGCCUACAUGCUCUUCUAUAUGUUCAGGUACUGCUUACUCUCACCAUCUAUAUUCUUGUGUUGCUAUUUAUGUGUACGGUUCCUUUCACCCUACAGGGCAAGAGAGCGGGAGGCCCCAGCACACAGGGCCUAACAGGGCCACCAACAUCAGCCCCAGCCUAAACAGGGGCAGCACCUGGACCAGCACUCAGACCUGUCUCAUCAGGGGUAGUACCAGGCCCAGCCUCAAACCCCCAGCCCAGCCUCAACAGGGGUAGUACCAGUCCCAGUCUCAAAACCCCCAGCCCAGCCUCAACCCUCACACACCUGCCUCGAAAGGGGUAGCAUUUGGCCCAACAUCAACAACCCCGAGCCCAGCCAUAACAGUGGCAGCACUGGGCCCAACAUCAACACACCCAGCCCAGCCUCAACAUGGGAAGAACCAGGCCCAGUCUCAACAUGGGCAGAACAUUACCCAGCCCCAACACCCUCAGACCUGCCUCAACAGGUGCAGCAUUCAACCCAACUUCAAUCAUGCUGCUCUUCAACACUAGCAUGAACAUUCUUUCAGUAGCUUAUGUCAUCAAUACCUGCCCUUGUCUUGACUACUUCACCUAAUGUAUAAAGUAUACACACUAAAUGUAGUACACAUGUAGAUGUGGUGGACAGAGAGUGUGAUUAUUUAGAGGGUAUAACUUCCCUUCUAUUUGGUUUGGUUUGAAAUCCUCCUGUUGUGAAAUACACUGUGGUGUCUAACCUCUUAUUCAGCAUGGUCACACCGGAAGACCUGCAAUAUUAAUAAAGACAAGCAAAUGUAAGAAAAUCCCAUUUAAGAUGAUUCUGUUGACCGUUGUAACUCUUUAACUCAGGAAGUUUUAUGGUCUGGGAUUCAGGCCGGUCCUAACAGGAAACGUGACAAAGGGAAGCAGCUGUAAUGGAGCCUUCUAACACCCAAUCAGGUCUGGAGGAGGAAUGUCACAUAAAGAUUCAGAGGUGCUAUGAGUAUCUUUUGAAGUUACUCCCCAGUUGUAUUUGAAUAAAUACAGACAUGAAAAUGC